AAUACUUUAUGAGAAUCUUUGCCACCGCUGCGAGUUUCGUAAGGAGGCACAGCGGUGACCAAAAGAUAUAUAAACAUAGAUCAUUGUUUCUCGAGCAGACUUUCUUAAGAGUUCUCUUGAACGACGCGUCUAUGGCGUCAUUAUGAUAUUCGUGCGAUCACUUCUAUAGGUUGUUUAUACCAUGACGUCACUCGUGUGGCUUUUCCAUUUAUUUGCAUCAAUAUUCUAAGUUUGAUUAAGGUGGAUCAGGUGUGGCAAAAUUAAUUAUCAGUCCUUCUAAAUUUCAAAUGGAUUUUCGACGCGAAGAAAACAAUUUUACCAGUCUUCGGAUUUAAGUUUAAACUUUUUUGGAAACUCAAUACAUUGGCCUUUGAGCGCAGUUUGAGGCAUUUCUUCAUCUCUUGAUCGAGAUGCAUAGCUAUCACUUGGCGAUUCUCUAUGGCUUUCUUUUAAUUACCUUCACAGCAAUUGCAGAUGCGAUCACGAAAAGAGACGACGACGAACUUAGGUUGGUCAAAGAACUGUUUGAUAACUACAGCAAGGAAGUAAGACCAGUAAAGAACAAGAACGCUGCAAUCAAAGUUGUCUUCGGUAUUGCCUACACUCAGCUCGUCGAACUGGAUGAAAAGAAUCAAGUUUUGACAAGUAACGUUUGGAUAAGACAAAAAUGGAACAAUCACCUGUUGCGCUGGAAUGCUUCUCAUUAUGGCGGUAUUAAGUCCAUCAACGUAGAUCCCAAAUUAGUGUGGCUUCCAGAUAUUGUGCUCUACAACAAUGCAAAUACAGGAAUAACAAGCGGUAAUAUGGACCAAUUUAAAACGAAAGUGAUUCUGUCCAGCGAUGGUACCAACACUUGGUAUGCCCCAACAAUCUUAAGGAGUCGUUGUGCCAUUGACAUCAAAUUCUUCCCAUUUGACGACCAAAAAUGUGAUCUCCACUUCGGUUCAUGGACGUACGACGGACUCCGAGUUGACCUAUUGAACGCUAGCAAUUCAGUUGAUCUUGCCUCUUACAUGUCGAGUGGUGAGUUUGAAAUGGUAGAAGCCCCCGUCAAGAGAAUUAUUGUCAAGUACAGCUGUUGCCCAGAGCCCUAUCCAAAUGUGAUAUUCACGCUGCACAUCCGAAGAAAGGUGCUGUUCUACUUUAACAACCUGAUCGUUCCCUGUUUCCUCAUAACCGCCUUUGCUCUCCUGACUUUCGUUUUACCACCCAACACCGGGGAAAGAGUUACCCUCGUGAUCACCACACUGUUGGCGAUGACUGUCUUCAUGCUGAUGAUUGCCGAGAACACUCCGACCACUUCAGACGUCACACCUUUGAUCGGCAAAUUCUUCGUCGCCUCCAUGGUCGAGAUUGGACUAGCCCUGAUUGCCACGUGUUUCGUCUUGAACAUCUACGAAGCCACCGGACCAAGCUCUGAAGUGCCACAAUGGGUGCGUGUUCUUCUAAUCGAUAUCCUGGCGCCUAUUCUCCGAGUCACCCGACCCAAGGAGAGGCCUCAACGAAAAUUCCACGGCCCGAGCAAUCAGAAUAUUCACUCGUACAGCCCGAUCAUGCCCGAACACAAUGGAAACAAUAUAGAAAGGGAUGGAAGCCCCAGGGAUGUACUUGUCAUCGCGCCGAAGGUCGGCGAGAAGAUCCUAACCUCACGAGACUUCAUCAACUCUGUAAACGACAAUAGUAUCAGACACAGAGUGCCUUCUUCGCAGGAAAAGCUCCUGGAAGGCAUUAACGUGCUAACCGAACGAGCCAAAGAACAGGAAAAAGACGAAGAGAUCAAAGAGGAAUGGGAAUCAGUGGCCAAAGUUAUAGACCGCUUCUUUUUGUUGCUUUUUAUUGCAACAGUGGCCAUAUCGACAGCUCUUAUCUUUUUACAGCGGCCAAGUUACGCAACGAUGUAAGUGAACGGGGCCCAAAAGCUUAAACUAGCGCCCAUUUUUCCUCCUGGGCUGAGAAGGCUUGGCUGCAUGUCUUUAGCAGCCACAUCGUGAGUGGCCUGUUCUCAAGGAAACCAUACCCUAUUGAUAGAGACACAGCCAGAUAAGGUUUGCUGUAACAAGUAAAGAAUUUAAAUCCUUAAAAGAAAUAAGGAAAGGCUGGAAGAUAAGUUUUCGAAAUAAAUGAUUAAAUAGACUUUGACGAACCAUUUAAAAUGAAGGAGAUUUCUACGAUGUAACCAUGAGCAGACUUUGAGAUUGUGGUCAGACGGCUGCGAAAGUGAGGUACUUUUGGAUGAAACGAUUUGAUAGAUAUUCCAUUUUUCAAUGGUUCCCCGUGUAACUGAGAGAGGAUAAAAUCUUUUUAAUCGUGAGUUUUUAAUUUGUUUUCUUUUUCCUUUUUGGCUGAUAUUGCGAUAUGAUUUUGUGGUUUUUCAAUAAGGUAUUUCGUGAUGCCGAUUAAUUAUGUUUGCAGCACGCCAUUGGAAAAGAUUUGAUAUAACAGCACCGUUUUUUAAACAUAUAUAAGGCGUUUUAAUUUAUAAUAAAAGAUAACUGACGAUUUUCCAAUCAAAAUGCUGAACUUUAGGACUGUUUGCAGUUUCAAAUCUUUUGCCUUUCGCUAUCUUUUUUCUGUAUAGAUUUUUAGAUUUUUAUUGUCAGUUUAUUUUCCCCAAAGUUUUUUCAAUCUACAUGUAUCGAGAGCAAGAGUUUUCCUUUAAAUGUAAUUCAUUGUGUGAAUAAAAUUUGCGAGAAUUCAGACGGAAAUAAAUUUAAUAUGAAAAACAAAAAAAAGUCUCGGUUCUAAAGGUUUGUCAUUUCAUAGCACAAAAGGGAUUUUCACCCCUUAAACAAUCAACGACAAGAGUUGCAGCAAGGUUUAUGUAGAAUCGUUUUGCCCAAUAGGAAAUUAAAAUUUUUACAUCACUUGGAUCCUAAGCGCUCUACAAUUGGACGAAAAUCUACCUUUUACUAUUCUUAGGAUGCUCUAAGACAGUGGCGGAUCCAGGGGGAGGGUUCGGGA